CUUUAUAUUUCGCCAAGUGCCACAAUACAGGACUAUUUAGUAUAAAUUUUGUGUGCGAGUAGAGUACGUCAACGUAAAAAUUUGACAUAAUUUUUUUUCAACGAAAUUAUAACAAAACAAAAACGAAACGCAUGGCAAUUUUAUUAGUACAUUUGCGUCGAAUUAUCCUCCUGCUCAGCAUUGUUUAUUUUGGUGGAGCUUUUGUGCGUAAACUUCUGACCGAUAGUCGCCGGGCCCACCUGCAUCAGCUACGCAAAACAUUUCCGUCAAAACAUUUACACUUUCAAGCGUGGGCUUACAUUUACACCGGAUAUGCAUACGUGGUGUUAGUUAAUUACUUUAGUGAAAGCUAUUUCACAAAUAUUUUCGAUAUUUUGACAACUGCAACUUAAAGUAAAAAAAAAACAAAA